AUUUUUAUAACACACAGCCUUCAUUUAACAUUUCUUAAAAUAAAUAUUGCCAAACUACGAGUCACAGUAUGGACGACGAAACCCACAUACCACACAGCUGUUUGAUUUUACAAAUAUAGUGAUUACAGUUACGAAUAAAGUGACCGAGCAGCCACAAUGAGGAUUCAUCAGUGUUUGUUCAAUGCGGCCUCGUUUAGGAGAGUGUUUGACUUUGGUGAGCGAGAGGUGGCAAACUGGUUCCCUGGCCAUAUGGCUAAAGGCCUCAAGCAAAUGAGAGAAUACCUGCGGAAGGUUGACUGCAUUAUAGAAGUUCAUGAUGCCAGAAUACCGUUUUCUGGAAGAAAUCCUUUAUUUCAAGAGAACCUUGAUGUCCGGCCAAACCUGCUCAUUCUGAACAAAAUGGACCUGGCAGACACAACAAAAAAACAGAGUAUUCUGAAACGACUGGAGAGGGAAGGUGUAAAGAACGUUUUGUUUACAGACUGUUUAAAACAAAGAGACGAGAAUGUGAAAAACGUUGUUCCUUAUGUGACGAAGUUGAUAGAAAGCGGACCACGUUAUCACAGAGAAGAUGACAGAAGUUACUGCUUGAUGGUCAUUGGUGUGCCAAACGUAGGAAAGUCAUCGUUAAUUAAUGCCAUAAGAAGAACAUACUUGAAAAAAGGCAAAGCUUCAAAAGUUGGAGGUGAACCAGGAAUCACAAAAGCUAUCUUGACUAAAAUUCAGGUCUGUGAUCGACCCGUAAUUCACCUACUGGACACGCCAGGAGUUCUACCACCUAAAAUAGAGAGCAUAGAGACUGGAAUGAAACUUGGUUUAUGUGGUACAAUCUUGGACCAUUUAGUUGGUGAGGAUAUCAUUGCAGACUAUCUGCUGUUUUCACUGAACAGACAGGACAGAUUUGGUUACGUUGAGAAGUACGAUCUUGAAGGGCCUUGUGAUGAUAUUCAGCAUGUGCUGAAAUGUAUAGCUGUGAAACUCGGCAAGACCAAGCGUAUGACGGCCAUCACUGGGGUUGGCAACAUUACCGUCAAAGUUCCAGACUACGCUGCCGCAGCCUAUGAUUUCAUCAGAGCAUUUCGGAAAGGAGAACUUGGAAAAGUGUUGCUUGACUAAUAAAACAUGCUAAGUGUCUUUGCUGUUAAAACUGGUUUGUUUAUGGGAUUGCAGUAACACUGUCAUCUUGUAUGUUUGAAGCUCGAGGGGAAGCACUUAUUACUUUUAAUGUUUAAAUUAAAAGAUGGUGCACAAUGAUUUCCUAGUGUAGAAUUAUUAUUAUAAUAGGGGCAUUGAAUGUAUUUUUAAGUUAACUGGAAUUCAAAAAUACAAUAAAAUAUACUGAUUAAUAGA